GACACACUGACAUCAUCAAGCAUAAAAUACAUUUUCUUGGAAAGCGAAAGUAGAAUGGUUCGGGGAAACCAGUUGCAAUCAGUUGUGUAACAGAUACAAAGCUGGGUCGUCUCGACGCAGAGGUCUGUCACCAAAGAAGCGCCUGUGCCAUCGCAUUACUUGUACAAGCAUGUUCGAGAGUGAAUAUUCCAGAAUGACGUCACAUCCGCCUGGUCCGGAGCCUCUUCUGAUUGGAAUGAAGCGUGGACAGACUAUUCCACAGUUCCUCGCAGAAUCGGGUCCAUUUGAUAUCAAUAAGUGUCAUGAGAUGAUUGAGCGAGUGAUUCGGUUUCUGAAACAAAACGUACCUAUCAGCGUGGCAAAGGUCGUCAAGGGAGGACCCAUUGGCAAGAACACAUUUACAUUUAAUGAGGAACAUGUGGAUCUGUUCUUGUUCAUCAAUGACCUCAGUUCCAUUCAGGACAUGAAAUCAAAAACUAGACGCAUCGUUGAAAGUAUAAGAGCCAAGCUGGAUUCUUCUGCAUUUGUUGGGGUCAUUCAGUUCAUUGAAUAUACACCUCACUCGAUGAAGUUCCGCCUGGCGUGUCAUGAUCUGGACCAACAACACACCAUUGAGGUAUUCCCUGCAUACGACAUCUUGAAAUACAAGAACGAGCACGACGUGUACAUGGACAUGAGAGGCCUCCCCGAUGCCGUCAAAGACUUCUACGCAGUGUGUCUGGCAGAGAUACAGAUAGACUACAUCAGACAGGCGCCGAGCAAAGUUCACUCCCUCAUUAGAAUCCUCAAGUAUUGGCUGAAGAAGGAAGUAGAAACGGAAGACUGCUACUAUUUCCUAGAGGUCAUGGCGAUGCACAGAUGGAAGCGAGCAGGAAAGCCAAAUGACUUCGACAUAUCAGACUGGUUUGAAGAAAUUAUGACCCAGCUGGCCGACCUUACAUCUCUUAGCAUCACAUGGGAAGACAAAUAUACCGCAAGCAACUAUAGGACCGUGCCAUCUACACCAGUUGUUUUGGACCCUGCAAACCCUCACAAGAACGUCGUCCCCGAUCAACGUUGCUGUGAAAGGAUAAUGAGAUGUGCCAGAGCAGUGGUGAUUCGCAGCCAAGCCCUCAAGGACUACAUAGGUGGUGGCCCUGCCCCCAUCAUUGAAGGAAUGGCGAGGGGCGAGACACUGCAACACUUUAUCCAGCACACUAUACAACCCAGCAGUGACGACCGCCGGGAGUGCGACCAUCUUGUGGAACGUGUCACCAACUUCCUGCAGCAUAAAACAAACUUCAGCGUCUCCAUGGUGGUUAAGAGUGGAUCACUCGGAAAGAGCACAAAUGUUCUAGGGAAGUCUGACGUCGAUCUGGUCGUGUUCAUCAACGAUGUCAGUUCAGUUCAACAUCUCCAAGCCAGAAUGAAGUACAUACUUGCCACUCUGAAGGAGACGCUUGAUACUCAGUGGAGAACAUUUGCUGGCUCUCUGAAGUACAUCCGGGAUACACCUCAUUUUAUUCAGUACCAACUGGGCUGUGCGAAAUCCAGCCAUGUCCACGAUGUUGACAUUCUACCAGCCUUCAACAUCCUUGAAGCUAAGCAGCCUUGUAAUGCCUUUGAGGAGAUGAAAUCUAAGACUCCGAAGGAAAGGGCCUACUAUUCAGUAUGCUUUGCUCAGAAACAGGUGGCAUUUGUGAAGGAGGUUCCUAUCAAAGUGAAGAAUUUCAUAAGACUGCUGAAAUAUUGGGCAAAGGUUGAGGUAAACAGAGAACAGAAAGCCGUCACGUCCUACUUUCUGGAAGUAGUCACCAUCUUCUUUUGGAAAAAUCGGAGAUCCCCGGAUGAUUUUAACACCAACGAUUGGUUCAAAGGGAUAAUGACCCAGCUGGCCGACCUGACGUCACUGCGGAUUCUAUGGCCAGACAGAUACACAGUGUCUUUGUACUAUAACGUUCACGAGGUCUUCCCAAGGAAUCCGGUCGUACUGGAUCCAGCCAACCCUUACAAUAAUGUAGCACCUCUGGAGAAGCACCACUCCCUGGUGAAGACGUGUGCCCAGAACGUGCUGUACAGGAUGCAGGCGUGGAAGAACUACAGAACAGGACGCUACGCUGACAGUUAAAGGACAUAUGGACCACUGCAUAUGGACUAGUGCAGUGUAUGGAUACACUGAAUAUAAUGUGAGGAAACCCAUCCUGGCAGUUUCAGUGUUGACUGCUUAGCAUAUCAGUUUCUAAUAAAACCCUGUAGAUUUAGAUCAAAAUUCAUCAAAGGUAGGGCUGGGACGAUGCACUAUGUCACGAUGCGAUACAUAUCGCGAUAUUUUACCUGCGAUACGAUACGUAUCACGAUACAUACACCUUGAAAGAAUGACACGGUAUCAAGAUUUAAAUGAUUUAUUUCAUGGUAUUUGUGUUAAACAAUAACACUAUUGUAAUAAACAAACAAGUAACUCCAUCAUACUUGCGUAUUUUUCUCUCAAUAAGUACUGUAACAUGUUUAAGAUAAUACUGUUUUGCAAAAAAGUUGUGUGUCGUUUUGUAUCGAUACACCAGACGACGAUACGAUAGCUGUAUCAAACUUAAAUGUAUCGCGAUGCAUCGGUGAAUCGUCCCAGCCCUAAUCAAAAGCCCACUUUGUGCUGUGGUAGUCAUUGACGAUUGAUUGUAUUGAUAGAUUGAUUGAUGCCAUCUUCAAUAACCCAUGUUUAUUCAUAAGAGUGUAUACCAACGGAAUCGAUUGGUCUGUCUGACACUUGCUAUUGUAUGCUUUUGGGCUGAUUGAUGCUCACUGUGUCAAUCACUGGGUUGUCUGGUCCACACUUUAAUGUGUGCAUACCGCCAUCAUACAGUUGGAAUAUUGCGGAGUACAGCAUUCAACAGAAAACAAGCACAUAAAAUGAUUACAUGUUUUUAUUUAUCUAUUUGAAUGAAGGCACCCCUUGUAGCUGUUAAAGUAGUGCUGAUAUGUAUGCAGUAAAUCGUGCUUUUGAUA